CCAUGUUGAAGCUGUAGGUUAAAACUUGUUUACAAAGUUUGUUCAUCGAAGGAUAAACAACCCCGAUCUAAACUUGAAGUGGUGAGAAAAAGAUUAUCUGACAAGGGUUAAGUCUGAAGAAGCGUCGAGAGGGGAUGAAAGGCUUGUAGCACUCAAAAUUAUGUUUUGAUUAACAGCGACUCUAAAGCCACUUUUCUUCGUCAAAGUUGACAGAGCGAAAUUCAGCGAAAAUGUCUUCUUCUACCAGAAAUAGUAACAGUCCAGCCACUGAUAAGGCGUGGUUUCACGAUACAAAGACUAGCUGCGAGAAACAAGCGCGUUAUUUUGUACAUAUUCGCAAACUUCAAGAUGAGUUGAUCAACCGCGAACAACACAAUUUGAUCAACGCGAUGGAACGUUUAAAACAACUUUCUUACCCUCGAAGACGACCAGUGAUUCGAAACGUCGACAUUGAUGCAUCAUCAAACCCUGCCUUAAGUCGAAAAUUUCCUGCUAGAAACUUAAAAUUGAGGAAGGAAGGGAAACACAAAGCCAUACAAGCAAAAGAACAGCCAGAUCUCAACUCUGUUUCUGGGAAGCCCCUGAUCAAGAGAACUGACAAGAAACCUGAUAGCUCUGCGUAUCAUCAUUUUUUCGUAAUGCCACCACUCCUCAAUGAUAGAGACAUAGCAAAGAUUGUACACAAUGCGAACAGUACUUUCACCUCUGAACCCUCAACUUACUUGCUCCAACCACAUUUGCCGUCUAUUCCCAAUGUAGGCCGAAAAACAACUUUCAUGGUUGAUAAUAGACUGAAACUCCUAACACUGGCUGAAUCAGAGUUUUGUGAAGACGGAGAGGGUAGCGUCAGUGGUAUGAGGAAACAUUUGCAUACAGGGAAAUCACAACGCAGGAAGAAAAGUCCAAAAUCUACACAACAUUUUAGUGAAAAUGUCUCAGUUGAAAAUACAACGAGGAGAGGAAAUGUUUUGUGUUUUGACGUUGACCCAAAUGAUCCGAGUUUAUUUUCUCACUGUUUUGAAGAUAAGAAAGAAGACGAUGAGCCAUUUAAAACAACACCGUUGCCUCCACCAAACUCCAGACCAAGUACAUCAAAAUCAAAACUAUCAGUAAGUUAUGUUGUGGAAAGUGUAGAAGGGAAGACAGUUAGCAAAGCUGACGCCUCAAAGACUGAGGUUGCUCUUCAGAAAGAUUCAAAAAGUCAAGAUACAGUGGAAGAGCUGGCAAAUACAAACAAUGAAGUUAAGGGCAAAAUGCCUGAUAUGGUCAUAGCUGACAUGAACCCUAAUGUUAAUGAGGGUGAUGUCAAGGUGUCAGAUGUCAAGGACUUGAAAUCAGAUUUUGCUGGAAAAGAUUUAGAUGAAGUUAAUGAUGAUGCAGAAACAGGGGAUAUUGUACAGCCUGUUGUAACAAUCACCAAUCAACCUGUACCAGUCAACAAUAGUGAGAAAGAUGAUGGAUCCUAAUGGGACUGGAUCAUCUCAUUUUUUUACAAGAUAUUUUGUUUGUAAAUAUUUUCUUGAAACAGUUGCAUAGCAGAAGUCAUUCAUUGACCAUGAAAAUUCUCCUCAUAAUGUGAAUACAGCAUCCAAUCAACGUAUGAUAUUGUUUGUGUGGAACAGUGAGAGGGCAUUCUCAUGAUAAAUCAUCUUUAACUCUUUACUCUCAGGAGUCACCAAAACUGAGUUUCUCCUAACGACCCCAAUACAGUUGCAAGCGGAAUGGUGUUGAAAAAAUACUAAGAAACAUGUCAGUUAGCAUUUAUUGUUUGAUGUAGUCUUUAGCCAUGAUAAGAGAAAUUUCCAAUGCAAAGAAAGGCCUACUAGUGCCUAGGUGGUGCUUAGUUCUCCCUCAUAGUCAUGCAAAGACAUGCAAACAUACAUACAAAAAAAGGAGUUGAAAUAGUACAGUCAUUAAAAUUAACAAUAUUUACAAUACUCUUCAUUUACUUAUUAGUGAUAUAGCUUCAAGUUAUAUAAUUUUUUUUUAUUGAACUACUAUCCUCUCAACAAGGGGUUUGACAAAUGCUAAUUAUUGAGAGAUCUUGAUUUGCUGACACAAAGGAGUCUGAAGUUCUCUUAUGAGCAUCCAUGUCUUUAGCAUUUUUAAUGAAGUUCAUGUGAGAUAUAUCUUUUAUCUAAAUUAUAUUUAUCUGGGAAGAGUAUUUAUUUAGGGAAAAUAGGUCAGAUUGAAAAUAUUUAUCAUUUGGUUGAAUGGACAUGUAUUCAAAUAUGCUUGAAUUUAAUAUAUCUUCAAUGGCUUAUAUGCCAGUAAUGUUUGUAUCUAGAUAUUAAACACUCAUUAAUCUUGGG